UUGGAGGGAACUUGAACCGUGUUGUUUAGCUUACUAGCUCGUUACUGUUAAUGCAAUUUGCAAACUGCCAUUGAAAGUAAAAGUUAAAUAAUUAUCUAGGUUGCUAGACAAACAAGCACGAACCAGCGGGCAUGGGAAACUAUAAUCAUGCAUCGAAAUAAAAGUAGAGACCUGGCAACUCAACUGUGCAACGCAGUAAACGAUGGGGAUUCAAGAGCCGUGCAGAUCCUUCUGUCUCAAGGCGCAAACCCCAAUAGUAUUAACAACAAUGGAGUUGCAGCAGUGCAUCUAGCAGUCGGCAAAGAGUCUGAGAAAAAUACGCGCUGUCUAAAGCUGAUUCUGCAGUAUGGAGCUGACCCUAAUCUCAGAUCCUCAGAUGGGUUGACUCCCCUGCAUGUUGCAGCUUUGUGGGGUUGUUAUCAAAACCUUAAACUGCUCUUGAAGAAUGGAGGAAAUCCUCAUUUAAAAGAUCAGGAAGGCAACAAACCAGGUGAUCUAGCACAUCAGCAGGACAACCGCAAGUGUGCCUCACUCCUCCAGGAGUACCAGUCCACUUCUUUAGACACAGAGGAGGAAGACCUGCCUCAGUUCCAGUACUCUGUUUAUAACGGUGAAGCGGACACGUCCAGCUAUGCUGAGACGACGGACGACUGCUCUGUUCAGAGCCUGUCCUUGUUGAGUGACUUUGGGGAGGGCCCGCUAAGUAGCACGCGAUGCUCGUUCCUUGACUUGUCUGCCAUAAGGAGGCCAAGCUUGAGGGAAGGAGACCUCUCAAGGCCUUCAGAUGUCAAGCCUAAUGUGGGCCCCAGUAAAACCUGGGACAUAGACAGUGAAUGGAAAACGGAGGCUCCGUCUAUGCUAUCGAGUACACGGAUGUCCGUGGCUGGGUCCAAAACGACCCUGCCUCGACUGAAGGAGGGCGUUCUUCUCACUGACUACAGCGUAAUACCAACUCAAGACGUGGGUUACGUUCAGGUUGGAAACGCUGCCACACCUUUGGAAACCCUCCCUCCCUUUCCACGUGCGAGUCGCAAGAGUGUGAGCUUCAAGGACGUGGACGAGUAUUUCCCCGUUUUCAGCUCGGAGUCGCCCAGGGGUCACCAUGCUGUCCCAGAGAGUCCCGCUACCAAAGACUGCUCUCUAGACCUUUCAGAGUACUCCGGCUUCCUGAACUCUGACCGCAUGGCCACUGUUCUACACCGCCAUGGCAUCGACGUGACCUCCCCGGAUCACGUGUUUGCUUUCUCCAGGGAUGCUCAUGACUUCACAGCGGAGGACAUGGAGAAAACUGUACUGGGACACUUGCUACCCGAGGAAGAGAACGAGGAUGAAAAGGGUCAUGGACUGGGAGAGGAGGUGAAGGCCGAUGAGCGGCCAGCAUGUAGCACUGGCACCAGUAGCAGCAGCAGCAGCAGGAGUAGUCAGUACAGCAGUUGUGAAAGUGACUAUUACAUGAGUGCCCUUGAUGCUUCCGUGCAUCCGAGAUUAGGUGUAAUCUGUGAGGACGAGCAUGGGAUAGUGAAAAGCACAGUUGUUGAAGCCGGCAAUGAUAAUUAUAAAACGAAUGCUAACCUCCAUACUGAUGGAUUUAGGCAGGGUAUUGGCAGUCCAGUUGUUAUAACUGAAGCUCCAAAAUACCCAUCAUCCAAAAUGACAGGAGCAGAUAAGUACCCAGCCAUAGAUAAACUGACACUGUCUGAAAAAAGAUCUCCAACCAAACUGUCGGAGAUGAACAGUGGCCCUGAGGGGAAGGUUGCAGGUGCCGUGUCAGGCACUGCUGAGGAAAAGCGUGCAACUCAACCGGUCCAAUGCACUCCUGUGGCAGGCGCAGCUGCUGCUGCGUGUGAGGACGAGUUUGACGUCUUCACCCCGAGCCCCUUCGUCACAGGGCGGACCCGAUCGAGGCUCAGCCGCUGUUCCCUGAGGACCAGCAGAACUCUGGAGAACUCCACCUUGUCUUUGUUCGAGCAGAGCCUGGUCACGCCCACCAGAACCCGUCGUGACAGGACCAAGUCUCAAAGCAGUGAUGGCGUCUUUUGUGACACACCCGGGCGUUGUCCCACUCCUGUCUAUCCUGGAAGCAGUGAUGGGAGCACUGCUUGGAGCUCUGUGGACCAGGAGACGCAGUCUGGGUCGCUUCCAGACGGCUCGUGCCUGAGCGCGAGCCAAGUCGACACCAUUAUCAUCCCCAAGAGUGCCAGCCAAAGGACUGGUUCAUAUGGUGUCAGUCAAGCAGACACCCUCAGAAUCUCGAACAGUAUGUCCGAUGCAGUCAUCAAACCUCAAGCUUUGGCCGACACAGUUCUUCUGGAGAGAGGUGAAGAAGAAGAAAUGUCAACAGACUCAGGAAAUCAUCACGCAGACCCUUGGCUGGCCCAUCUUCGAAAAGAAAUCAGGGAAGCUUGUCCAUUUCUUACCGACGACACAAGCUCAAGUGACACGGGUAUAAAGGAACCCGGCAGAAGUACUGCUCUAGUGGAGCCAGUUGGUGGUCUUAAGAGAGAUGAAGAGCCGUCAUGGACCACCGAAGACUCCGACUCUCAGCCUGAAUCAUCCCAGUCCACAUCAUCCACCUCCCGAACGCUCUCGUCCAGCUCUAGCUACUUCUCCCCAAAGAGGUCAAGGGACGACACCCCCCUGACCCCAGGCACGGGAUGCACCCCUCGCUACAGCAUGAGCCGACUGUCAGGCCUCCACAAGCCACGGUGCCUGAGCGACCUUUCCUACACCCCGGGGGGUCGACCUCUCAUUCAGGACCUGGAGGAACCGGUGGAGUACCUCUACACCGACACCGAGCAGGGUCACGAGCUCAUCGAAACCCACGUCCCGCCCACCGCUAAUACCUCUCUCAGCUCCAGCGUGAGCAGUGAGGGCGACGAGGACACAGUGCUGUACGAUUGGCGCUCGAUGCACGGCGGCCUGACCAAAGGGAAGGAGAACCGGAAGCCGGUUGAUGAGAAACUUCCCAACACAGAGGGCCUGACCGAUCGGGAACUGCGGCGCAGGCUGCUGGAGCUAGGUGAGAGUCCCGGUCCGAUUACCAGCAGAACCCGGCCAGUGUACAUGCAGAGGCUCCAGCGCAUGAUACUGGAGCCGAGUCCAAUGCCCAAGUUCCAAGCUCAGAAUCCGGAUCAGCUCCAAACAGUGAUGUCGGGCCACAGUCCGGAGCUGUGCCGGGCCUUGCAGACGUUGGAGUUGCCUGAUUGCCAGGCCGAUGAGCUGGCUCUGUGCCAGCAGUUUGACCAAGCCGAUCAGAACAGGAAGUGGAGAGAGGGUGUCAUCAAGUCGAGCUUCAACUACCUUCUGCUGGACCCCAGAGUAACAAAGAACCUUCCAUACCGUAGUCACUCCAUGACUCCACUUGAGUGCUUCCAGACGUUUAUUGGCUCCAUAUUCUACAUCGGGAAAGGCAAGCGCUCGCGGCCCUACAGCCACCUGUACGAGGCUCUGGAAUACUUCCGAGGGGACAAGACCUCCAAGAAGUUGUGCACGAAGGUGCAGCACAUUCUCCAGGUAUGGAAGGCCGGUCAGGGGGUCAUCUCUCUCCACUGCUUCCAGAACGUCAUACCAGUUGAGGCCUACACACGCGAAGCCUGCAUGGUGGAUGCCAUUGGACUGAAGAUGCUGACUAACCAGAAGCGAGGAGACUACUACGGAGUCGUGUCCACCUGGCAGGUGAAGAGGAAGAAGGAGCUGGGGGUGCGUCUGCUCUACCGCGCCAUGAACAUCUUCCUGGCCGAGGGCGAGAGGCAGCUGAGGCCGGCAGACAUCCGCGCUGGACAGUGACCCCCAGUGGAGGGAGAGGGAACUGUGCCAAAGACCCGCUAUCGGAGGGACCCUCCACUCAAGCUGCUGCUCAGGGAGAAGGAUAGUGGAUGUGAAAAUACAAUGUACUGAUGGCUGUCAUGAUCAAGGUCAUACAUGUUAUCUUAAUGUUCAUUAUCAUAUGCUUCAAAUGGGCUCACUUUUGUUUUACAGGCAUCUAGAGUCGAUCGAGUAUUUGAAGCGUCGUACCGUCCUAGCUUUAUUUACUUAGUGAACGUGAUUAUAUUGGAGUUUUUUAUACAGAAAUUUGAAAUGGUAUGUUUAAAACUUUUUUCACAUUUUAUUAAAUUGUUAGAAAAAAAAUAAAAGCUAGCAUAAACUAAAAACAAGCAGAUCACUUGAUUGCUGUGUUUUAAGUGGCCCCUAUGAUGUGAUUUCAUAUAAUUAAGAACAGUUUCAAAAAUAAGCACUCGUCAGACUUAUUACACUGGAAGGUUGUCAUACUGAUCAUAUACAGGUUUGUGGUAGAUCUAGCAAACCUAGGCCUAGAAAUAAGUUGAUUGAAUUUUGGGAGUUUUUAUCAAGUGUUUACAGCACAUUCUUUAAGGUAAUGAAAAGCUCCCAAAAUAUGAAAUCAGUAAAUUAGUGUUAGUAUAAGUAAAUGUCAUGGUGAUUUUAUAUGUAGGAACAUUAUGCAUUACUAAUAUUGUAUGUGUAUUCUUAUGUUUUGUAGAAUUGUUUAAUUUUUGUAGAAUUGUUUUUUUGUAAGAUGUUUUUUUUAAAUGACUGGAAAGAAA